AUGCUCACGCGCAGACACGUGGAUGCGGGUAUUCUGCCCGUUGUGUAUAUUGCCGAAGCGACCUACUUUUGUCUGGUCGCUCCACGCGCUGCGGAGAUCAACCUAACGCAAUCGCUGUUGCGCCCGUUCUCGUACGAAGUGUGGCUGUUCAUCGUGGGCUGUGCAGUGGCAAUAAGUGUAUUGAAUGAGCUCUCGCAGUACGACACCCGGAUGGGUGUGUGGCUGAGGUGGAUCUGUUCCUGCCCCCCGCUGCCUUCGUUCUACAGCACCUGUUUCGCGUUCAUUUGCUUCGUCCUUAUCGAGUCGUAUCUCGCUACGGUGACAUCCUUCUUUCUUGCCUACCGGUUCGUGCCGGAUGCGAAAACGUUAGAGGAAUUCUUCGCCACGGGCAUUCCGAUAAGGUUGGAGGAAGGAAUGGACACAUUUUUGAACAAUCUUGAACCACGCGUAAGAGAUCUUAUAGUAGCACGAGGCGUUCGCGGCACGGAGUGCGAAGAGUUCUCUGGCGGAUGCGCCCAUUUGGAUACGUUCGCGAGAGCUUCGGUGAGGAUUAAGGAACUGGUUGGGGUUGAUCCGAUCAGUGGCCGCAAGCGAUCGUACAUUGUGCCGGAGAUGGUGGCAAGAUACAGCUGCAUGUCGUACGCGUUUGCCCGCGGCUCACCGCUGACCGAUGUGGUAGCGGUGUACCUACGGUGGAUGUAUGAGGCCGAGCUGAUGCGUUUGUUUCAUCAAGAUUACGAGCAGUAUCUACAACCGAACGAUCAUGCACAUACGCUUGAAGAUUCGCUGGCGUUUGAGCAUCUGAUGUCGCUGUGGGUCUGUGUCGGUAUCGUGAUCGUACAGAGCGGCUACUCCAUCGGCACACCCGAUGAGUCAAGCUUAAUCGUAAUGUACAUGGAUUGCAGCACAUUGAGCAACUUGCUCAUCCAAUUCAAAGCGAUCAUGCGUGACUUUACCAGGAUCGUUCGGAAUGGAAAAUACAUCGUGCUAGUGGAGGACGCGUAUCUUUCUAACGGCAAUUUAGCGGUCGCAAUCGAGCUUGGAUCUGCGUUCUCAACGUACAACGUCGUGUACUGGUGUGUGACUGGGUUGCACCAGGCGGAAGAGCUCCAGUACACGCUGUUUUUUGCGUCGAGCGUUUACUUUAUGAACGGUCCACUGACGUACGCACCGGCGUUUGAGUGGAACCGCGGCCUGUUGCGCAAUGCCACGUUCGAUAUCUACGCCCUAGCAAUGACAUCCUUUCCAUACACCCACUUCCAGGGCAAACAUCGACCGUUUUGUGGGAUUGAUGUGAACAUUUUUGAAACCGUCAUGGAACGAAUUGGCUGUCAACUGAAGGUACGCAUCUUACAACCGACGGAUAGUAUAGACAACGAUAUCGCGGUCAUAACUAGGAGUUUGCAUCGGUCAAAGGCGGACGUAAUGAUGACGCGCCGACACGUGAAUGUGGGUAUUCUGCCCGUCGUGUACAUCCCGGACAUUACGUACUACUGUUUGGUAGCUCCACGCACUACGCAGAUCGACUUGACGCAAUCGUUGCUGCGUCCGUUCUCAGGCACGGUUUGGUGGUUUAUCGUAGUGUGCACGGUUUUGAUAAGCGCAUUCGAUGAACUUUCCAAGCAGCACACUCGGUUGGGACGAUUGGCGCAACAGCUUUUCGCUCGUCAACCGAUCGCAUCCUUCUAUCGCAUAUGUCUCGCGGUCAUUAGCUUCGUCCUUAUUGAGUCGUAUCUCGCUACGGUGACAUCCUUCUUUCUUGCCUACCGGUUCGUGCCGGAUGCGAAAACGUUGGAGGAAUUUUUCGCCACGGGCAUACCGAUAAGGUUGCCGGAGGGGAUGGUCAGAUUUUUGAGGAAUCUUGAACCACGCUUGAAGGAUCGAAUAAUGGCGCGAGGCGUUGGCGCAUCCGUGUGUUCGCCAUACUCUACCCAGUGCGCUCAUCUGGAAAGCUUCGCAAUGGCUUCGUACCAGAUCAGUGAAAACGUCGGCAUUGAUCCGGUUAGCGGUCGAAAGCGGUCAUACAUUGUGCCGGAAAUGGUGACAAGAUACAGCUAUUUAUCCUACGCGUUUGCCCGUGGCUCACCGUUGACCGAUCUGGUGGCGAUGUACCUACGGUGGAUGUAUGAGGCCGGGCUGAUGGGUUUGUUUCGGCACCAGUACGAGCAGUAUCUGCAGCCGACCGUGCACGUACACACGGUGGUGGACAGUUCGCUGGAGUUUGAGCAUCUGAUGUCGCUGUGGAUUUGUGUCAGUAUCGGUUGGGGCGUAUCGUGCGGUGUGUUUGUCAUGGAAAUGGGUCACGGAUGGCUGCAAAGAGUUCUAAAAGGAAGGCGUCAGGUUGCUGGAAAUGCUGGAAAACAGGCUUGGUGUAAAGUGGGAAACAAAACGGGCCCAAUGCCUGGUACGAAGAGUGUGCAAUGAAUUGCCCUAGGACUGGAGCAUAUUAACCCCUAUUUGCUGAGGAGCAAUCGAUGUUGCACUAAUUAAAAGCACGCGUUUUAUUGUCGCUAAUUGCACCCAAGAGUACAAUAAAAGUAUCAUCCUUUUGCACUGCCGAGUGAUGGCAAAACACAAUGGAGCUUUGAACGACAUAUCGGUCAACAAUUUUUUUUUAGUUUACUCAGGGGUCAGUAAGCUUUUCAAGUAAAGGGCUGGAAUGAAAAAAAAUCCCUUAUUACGACUCUGUUUUCGAGGGGUUGGAAUUAGUACGUGUACCCAAGUUUGAAUAUGUGAUGACACAUGUUACCACUCUGCACGUGUCCGGAUAGGAGUUAAAUAGGAGAGCCUAUAUUAUCCCUCAGAAGGGCUUCGGAUCCUAUCCCAUUGCACAGCACAGAAGAAUCAAAGCAGCAUCAUCGAAGAAUUUCCAAUUCUAUUAUGUUUUCCUAAACUAGCUUAAUCUUGGCAUAUCUCUCUCUCUCUCUCUCUCUCUCUCUCUCUCUCUCGCUCGCUCUCUCUCUCUCUCUCUCUCUCUCUCUCUCUCUCUCUCUCGGUUGGCCUGCUCACUAUAGAGCACGUCUAUGUGACAUGGCCUGGUCAACAAUAAUUCUCCAAGAUGCUCUGGCCGCAAGAUGGUCUCUGGCCGCAGCCUCCCAUCCAUGUAGACACCCGAUCUCCGACAGGUCUCGCUUUACCUGAUUCAGCCAUCGAGUUCGCUGUGCUCCCCUGCGCCUAAUACCCGUGUUCGGGGAUCGCUGUCGAUCAUCUUCUUGGUGGGGCAUGAGUUCGGUAUCCUCAUGACAUGCCCCAGCCAUCCAGCUUCUCAUAAGUUGUUAUAAAAUAAAAUAAAAAUGUUAUCGUGGGUUUCAAGCAUUAGUU